AUGAAGCUCUCCGUCUUCAGCGCCAAAGCCUACGAUAGGACCUACCUCGACGACGUCCUGACGACCCGCUUCCCCAACCUCUGCACGAUAGAAUACCAUUCCUUCUCGCUCUCCGCCGAAACCGCGCCCCUCGCACACGGCAGCGAUGCAGUCUCCGUCUUUGUCAACGACACCCUCGACGCUGCCGUGCUCCACGCCCUGCAUGCCGGCGGUGUCCGGGCCAUCCUCCUCCGCUGCGCAGGCUUCAACCACGUCGACCUGGCCACCGCCGAAAAGCUAGGCCUCUUCGUCGCGAACGUACCGGCGUACUCGCCCGAAGCCGUGGCCGAGUUCGCGGUGACGCUAGUGCAGACGCUGAAUCGGAAGACGCACCGGGCGUAUACGCGGGUGCGGGAGGGGAACUUCAAUAUCGAGGGGCUACUCGGCAUGACGCUGCACGGGAAGACGGUGGGGAUAGUCGGGGUGGGACGGAUUGGACUGGCGACUGCGCGGAUUUUCCACGGGUUUGGGUGUCGAUUGUUAGCGUACGAUCCCUUUGCCGGGGAGGAGUUUACUCGGUACGGGACUCUGGUGGAGUUGGAUACCUUGUUGCAGGAGAGUGAUAUUGUUAGUUUGCAUUGUCCGUUGACGGAGGGGACGCGGUAUUUGAUUAACCAGAAGACGUUGGCACGGAUGAAACCCGGUGCGAUGCUGGUGAAUACCUCGCGGGGCGGAUUGAUUGACACGACGGCCGUGAUCGAGGCGCUCAAGAAGAAACAGCUGGGUGCGUUGGCGUUGGAUGUGUACGAGGCCGAGGGGGAGAUCUUUUAUAAAGACCACUUCGGGGAGAUCAUUGACGAUGAUGGGUUGAUGCGGUUGAUGACGUUUCCGAAUGUUUUGGUUUGUGGGCAUCAGGGCUUCUUUACGAGUGAGGCUUUGACGGAGAUUUCGAGUGUGACGUUGUCAAAUCUCUCUGAUUUUGUUGAGGGCAGGUCGUGUCCUAAUUCUCUAGUGACCGAGGGUCAUGUCCUGGUUCGUAGAGACACCGCGCCUGUGCGAUUAUAA